UCCAACCAAAAUAUUGCAACCCACGUGUUUUCUUUAAUUUUUGCUAUUUUUUUAAGCAUAUAAAAGUGGAAAUGUCUAUGAACGAAGAAGACAUGGACGCGAGAUCUAGUGAGAGUGAAGAUGAAAGCAUGGAUGAAGAAGAAGGUGGGGACGGUGAUGAACCCAAGACUUACCUGCCGGGUCAACCACUUAAGGAGGAUGAACAGCUAGUGUGCGAUCAGUCGGCGUACGUGAUGCUGCACCAGGCACAGACUGGCGCACCAUGUCUGAGCUUCGAUAUAGUCAACGAUAACCUGGGGAGUAACAGGGAACAGUUCCCAAUGACCGCCUACCUGGUGUCCGGCACGCAAGCUUCUAGUGCCCAUUUGAACAAUAUUCUAGUUGUAAAGAUGUCAAACCUGCACCCAACAUCCAAACCUGAGGCAGAGGAGGACGAGGAGUCUGACGAGGAAGAUGAUGACGAGGAUGAGGAGAAGAAGGCACAGAUGACCUUCUCCUUCAUCAAGCACCAGGGCUGUGUCAAUAGAAUUAGGACAUCAAACUAUAAAAACUCUGUACUAGCAGCGAGCUGGUCAGAAUUAGGUAGAGUAGACAUCUGGAACAUAACACAGCAACUGCAAGCCGUGGACGAGCCCGCCCUGCUGGAGCGCUAUAAUCUAGACACUGUGAACAACCCAGUCAAGCCUCUGUAUUCAUUCACUGGACAUCAACAAGAGGGCUUUGGCAUAGAUUGGUGCCCAACUGAAAUGGGGGUCCUAGCUACUGGAGAUUGCAGAAGAGACAUUCACAUCUGGAAACCAAAUGAGGCUGGCACAUGGGAUGUUGAUCAAAGGCCUCUUGUGGGACACACUAGUUCCGUUGAAGACUUGCAGUGGUCACCAAAUGAAAGAAAUGUGUUAGCUUCAUGUUCUGUUGACAAAACAAUCAGGAUAUGGGACACAAGAGCGGCGCCAAGCAAAGCCUGCAUGUUGACUGCCGAAAAUGCUCAUGAGAAUGAUAUCAAUGUCAUAUCAUGGAAUAAUAAGGAGCCUUUUAUAGCUAGUGGCGGCGACGAUGGAUUCCUCCACAUAUGGGACUUGCGGCAGUUCACAAACAAGACGCCAGUCGGCACGUUCAAGCACCACACGGCGCCAGUGACGUCAGUAGAGUGGCACUGGGCCGAGCCGAGCGUCCUUGCGUCGGCCGGAGAAGACAACCAGGUGGCGCUGUGGGACCUCGCCGUGGAGAGAGACGACGAUGAAGUCGUCGAUGAAGAGUUAAAGAAUCUGCCACCACAACUGCUGUUCAUACAUCAAGGGCAGACCGACAUCAAGGAGCUGCACUGGCACAAACAGAUCCCCGGAGUCAUCGUCACGACCGCCCACACGGGCUUUAACAUAUUCAAAACUAUUAGCGUUUAAAUUCAUAAAAUUAUAAAACAUUCAA